AUGCUUUUGGUAGAGCACCUUCACGAAGCCGGUGUGCCCCCAGCAGGCUGGAUCCGGGCCCUGGGGUUGCUUCUUCUUUUACAGAGUGCAAGUUGUGCUGCUCCAUCACAAGACGGUGUGCUGGUCCGAACCACCAGAGUAAGGAGACAGAGUCCAGGAGCAGACGAGUCCUCCUCCACAGUGAACCAAACGAUGAAAGACCAGCCUGUGGUCUUCAACCAUGUCUACAACAUAAACGUUCCAAUGGAGACUUUGUGCUCUGUUGAUCUGGACGCUUCUGAAGCCGACCCCAUGGAUGGGGCUCGGGCGGAGCUGGGAUCCAGGCCUCCUGUGGAAGGGCCACUUGAAUCACUGGGUCCUACAGAAUACACAGAGCAGACAUUGGACAGUGAAAGUCAAGUCACAUUCACUCAUCGCAUCAACAUCCCUAAAGCAGCCUGUGGCUGUCCAUCGUCUGUCACCCUUCAGCAACUGGUCGUCCGAGUGGAGAUGUUGGAGAAGGAGGUGACCAUGCUCCGGGCCCAUUGUGGCUCAGGGUGCUGUGGGGACGGCUCUGUCGUGGUUUCCAGCUGCAGUGGGCGUGGCACCUUCAGCUUUGAGAUUUGCAGCUGUAUCUGCGAAGAAGGCUGGACUGGCAAAAACUGCUCCGAGCCGCGUUGCCCGGACGACUGUUCGGGGCAGGGCAUCUGUGUGGAGGGCGAAUGCGUGUGCGACCGCGACUUCGGGGGCGACAACUGCUCAGAGCCUCGAUGCCCGUCAGACUGCUCCGGGCGCGGCCUCUGCAUCGAUGGGGAGUGUGUGUGCGAGGAGUCCUACACGGGGGAGGCCUGCCUGGUGGGACGCUGCCUGAACGACUGCUCGGACCAGGGCCAGUGCGUCAACGGGACAUGCCGCUGUCGCCCCGGUUACGUGGGGGAGGACUGCUCUCUGGUCUACUGCGCCAACAACUGCAGCAAGAAGGGCGUGUGCAAAGAGGGCUUCUGCGUGUGCCAGGACGGCUACGCUGGAGAUGACUGUAACUCAGUGGCACCAGCGAUGAACCUGAGGGUAAGAGGAGUGACAGAGCGUUCCAUUGACCUGGAGUGGGAAGGCUCCAUCGUGCUGACAGACUUCUUGGUCACUUACACACCAAAUACUCCUGGAGGGGUGCAGUUGGAGUUGCGGCUGCCCGGCAACACCACCACCUGCUCCAUCACGGGACUGGACGCAGGAAUGGACUACAACGUCAACGUGUUCUCCGUCAUCAACAACAGCAUCAGUGUUCCCGCCAGCAUCACGGUCUCCACAUAUGUCUCCAGUCCAGACAGCUUAGUCUUCAAAUCCAUCACCGAGACGUCCGUGGAGGUCCUGUGGCAGCCAUUCUACUUCUCCUUUGAUGGAUGGGAGAUAAACUUCAUACCUAAGGACAAUGAUGGAGGGAUGACAGCACAGCUCCCCAGCACAAUCACCAGCUUCAUGCAGACUGGUUUGAGACCUGGAGAGGAGUACACUGUAAACCUGGUUGCCCUGAGGGAGCAAGGCCGGAGCCAACCCAUCACCGGCAUUGUCACAACACUGAUAGAUGGCCCGACUCAGCUGAUCGUUCGAGAUGUGUCCGACACAGUGGCGUUUGUGGAAUGGACCCCACCGAAGGCCAAAAUUGAUCAAAUUGUUCUGCGCUACGGCCUGGUGGGGGGAGCAGGUCCGCGUACCACCUUCCGCCUGCAGCCCUCUCUCAGCCAAUAUUCCCUCCAGGUUUUGCAGCCUGGAUCACGUUACAAUGUGUCAGUGAGCGGCGUGAAGAAGGGAAAUGAGAGCAUAGCCAUUUCCACUGAGUUUUCCACCGAACUGGUCUCAGUGUCCCCAACAUUGUCAGCUUUAUCGCUUUUCUCAGAGAUCGAUGCCCCUAAGAACCUGCGCCUCGUGACCAAGAGCUCCACCAGCCUGGAGCUGGAGUGGGACAACAGUGAGGCCGAGGUGGAUGGUUACCAGGUGGUGUACAGUACUCUGGCUGGAGACCUUUAUGACAAAGUCAUUGUCCCACGAAAUGAUGGAGUCACGUCCAAGACCACACUGACAGACCUUCUCCCGGGUACAGAGUAUGGCAUUGGUAUCUCAGCAAUGAAAGGAAGCAACCAAAGCGCACCCUCAACAAUGAAUGCCAGGACAGGCCUGGAUGUUCCAUUGGACCUCACUGUCACAGCCUCCACAGAUAACACCAUCACUCUUGCGUGGGGGGUCGUCCAGGGCCCCAUUGACCAUUACAAGGUUACCUACAUAUCCUCUUCUGGCAUCACCACCGAGCUCACUGUUCCUAAAGAUGUGACCACGGUGACACUAGAGGACCUUGAGCCUGGAACAGAGUACACAAUCACUGUGGCUGCACGCCGAGGCCGACAGCAGAGCACCGCUGCUACAAUUGAUGCAUUUACAGGAAUCAGACCCGUAGCUCACCUCUUCCUGUCCGAGGUGACUUCAGACUCGGUGUUGGUGGUGUGGAGCUCUCCGGCGCCCCCCGCAGACUUCUUCAUUCUCAGCUACAGCUCGUCUGACGGAACUGACACGUCCAAGGUUACUCUGGAGGGAUCCAAGACUAGGUCACUGGUUCAGGGCCUGUUGCCAGCGACACCGUACACCAUCAGUUUAAUCACAAUACAAGGAGACUCUACCUCAGAGGCAAUCACCACCUCACUCACCACAGGCACAGACCCACCCAAAGAGCUUCUAGUGUCUGAUGUGACGGAGGACUCUGUGACCCUCUCCUGGAUCACGCCAAUGGCUCCGUUCAAAUACUACCAGCUCUCCUAUGUGUCUGCUCAAGGGCGAGAGGACAGUAUGGUGAUUGACAGUGAUGUGAACAACUACACCUUGUCCAGUCUGUUCCCCGCCACAGAGUAUGAGAUCAGUCUGACGGCUGUGAGGGACAAUCUGGAGAACAGGGCCGUCAGCACCUCUGUCUUCACAGCUAUGGACAUGCCGUCUGAAUUGGCAGCGAUAAACAUUACGCCACAAGGAGCAGUGUUGAAGUGGAAUCCUCCGGUCUCCAGUGUGGACAACUACGUCUUGACCCUCACACACAAUCAGGUUACAGCGGAUACAUUCCUGGUGGAAGGCACCAAGCAGGAGCAUCAGUUGUCCAACCUGAAGCCGAGCACCACCUACUCUGUGGCCCUGUAUGCCACCAAGGGACCUCUAACCAGCGGAACAGUCAUCACUAACCUCCAAACGCCUAUGGAUGCUCCUCUGAACCUGACUGCCAGUGAAGUGAACCACCGCAGUGCUCUUAUCUCCUGGCAACCUCCAAUGGCUGAAAUUGACAACUACAUGCUGACGUACAAGUCCGCCGACGGCAGCCGCAAAGAGCUGAUCCUGGACUCUGAGGACACGUGGAUUCGCCUGGAGGGCCUGGCAGAGACCACAGAGUACACGGUGAAGCUUCAGGCGGCCCGGGCGCUGGAUACGAGCGCAGUCAUGUCCACCACAUUCACUACAGGGAGCCGCUUGUUUGCUACGCCUCAGAACUGUGCCCAGCACCUGCUCAAUGGAGAGGCGCUGAGUGGAGUGUACACCAUCUACAUCAACAGAGACCCCAGUCAAGGCGUGCAGGUGUACUGCGACAUGACCACGGACGACGGCGGCUGGAUUGUGUUUCAGCGGCGACAGAACGGGCUGACUGACUUCUCCAGAAAGUGGAACGAUUACCGCGCCGGUUUUGGAAAUCUGGAGGACGAGUUUUGGCUUGGCUUGGACAACAUCCAGAAGAUUUCCGCUCAGGGCCGGUAUGAGCUGCGAAUCGACAUGAAGGAUGGACAAGAGUCGGUCUUCGCAAACUAUGACAAAUUCUCUAUCGGAGACGCCAGAAACCUCUACAAGCUCAGGAUCGGAGAGUACAACGGCACUGCAGGGGACUCUCUGAGCUACCACCAGGGCCGGCCUUUCUCCACGAAAGACAGAGACAACGAUAUUGCUGUCACGAACUGUGCCUUGUCCUACAAAGGGGCCUGGUGGUACAAGAACUGCCACCGCGCCAACCUCAACGGCAAAUACGGGGAGUCCAGACACAGCCAGGGCAUUAACUGGUACCACUGGAAAGGCCACGAGUUCUCCAUUCCUUUUGUGGAGAUGAAGAUAAGGCCGUACAACUUCCGCAGCAUCAGCAGCAAGAGGAGGCGGUCGGCCGAGUAA